AUGGAACAAGAAGCAAAACUAAAGGAAAAAGAAAACUGCUCCAAAGACGGCUGCUCUGACAAUGUGCAAACGCUGGACACUGUACAGGCACUGUGUUUGCCAUUAGGCGCCUCAGUGUCUCUACUUGUGAUGUUUUUCUUUUUCGAUUCUAUGCAAAUGCUCUUUGCAAUUUGCACUGCAAUAAUCGCUGCAAUAGCUUUGGCAUUUUUACUUCUACCAAUGUGCCAGUACAUAAUGAAACCGUGUACAGAAAAGAAAAAGAUCUCUCUGGGCUUUUGUGGUCGCUUCACGCCCGCCGAACUAGUCGCAUUUUCACUGUCCGUGUCAAUUGUCUGCAUUUGGGUGCUCACCGGACACUGGCUGCUGAUGGACGCCAUGGGCAUGGGCCUCUGUGUCGCCUUCAUCGCCUUUGUCCGUCUGCCCAGUCUGAAGGUGUCCACACUGCUCCUCACCGGCCUCCUCAUCUACGACGUCUUCUGGGUCUUCUUCUCUUCCUACAUCUUCUCCUCCAAUGUGAUGGUUCGUGUGGCCACCAAAACGGCCGACAACCCUGUGAAUCUGGUGGCGAAGCGCUUACAUCUCAACGGGGCAAAAGACGUGCCCAAGUUGUCUCUGCCGGGCAAGUUAGUCUUUCCCAGCAUGCAAAAUUCGGGCCACUUUUCCAUGCUCGGUCUAGGCGACAUUGUGAUGCCAGGUUUGCUGUUGUGCUUUGUCCUGAGGUAUGACGCGUACAAGCGAGCACAGCUCAACUCGGCAGAGUCGGGCGUCCCACCGCCUAAGCACUUCAAUCGCAUAACCUACUUUCAUUGUUCGCUCAUUGGCUACUUUUUCGGUCUACUCACCGCAACAGUGUCAUCUGAAGUGUUUAAAGCUGCCCAACCUGCACUCCUUUAUCUGGUCCCAUUCACGUUGCUUCCACUGCUAACGAUGGCUUAUCUGAAGGGUGAUUUACGACGAAUGUGGAGUGAGCCAUUUAUUGCGACGACUUUGCCAAAGAAUUUAGAUGUUUAA